AUGAUGAAAGAGGUUUUUGCAUUCUUAUCUCAAGAUUUGAUUAUAGCCGGAAUAGGCGUUUAUGAAGCUAAGCAGCUGAUUGCCAAAAGUGGAAUCUACGAGCUGGUUGAUUUUAGGCAAUGGGAAGUUGUCUUUUCUUAUUUCGCCAUUUGCCCUUUUCUUGCUUUGCCACCAGAACAACGUUGGCUAGACACUUCGAGUAGUAAACCUCUUCAAUGA